GGUAUGAAUUAAUUUGUGGAUGUCCAUCAACCAUUUCGUAUGAUAUUAGACAAAUUAUAAUUCAUAUUAUAUUUUAUGAAUUUGCAAAACGUACAAUAUAUUACCAAUUAGCAAUAUGUAUAAUAUGUUACGAAUUCUAGCUAGGUGCCUAACGUUAGCUAGCUCGUUGUCAUUGUGAAGCUACCCAUUCGGCAAAAGAAGUCAAUUCAAUGUCUAUUCCACGUUGGUUCAACUUAAUUUAAUUAAAAUGACGUGGAAACAGUGUUAAUUCAGCCAGUGUGCCCAGUGGGUAGCCCAUCACAGCUGGAUUGCAUUUUCCAGGGAGGUGAAUGGUUGGGCAGGUGUGCUACUCUGUUCCACCUCAGGCCCCAUGGCUCACAGUGUCAGGAGAGAUGCCCCUGAGCUCCCUGACUUCUCUCUGCUCAAGAGGCUGGCCAGGGACCAGCUCAUUUACCUACUGGAACAGCUACUUGGGAGGAAGGACCUGUUCAUUGAGGCAGAUUUGAUGAGCCCCCUGGACCGCAUUGCUAAUGUCACAACACUAAAGCAACAUGAUGUGGACAAGCUUUACAAAGUGGAAUACAAACCCAUUGUCAGCACCUCAGAUCAACUAUGCUUCCUGAUCCGUCCAAGAAUAAAAACUGUCAAGUGGAUAUGUGAUGUGGUCAAUGCAGACAAAGCAUUUGGGAGAUACAGAAGAUACAAGAUCAUAUUUAGCCCUCAGAAGUUUUAUGCAUGCGAGAACCUUUUGGAGGAGCAGGGAAUCUUUGGUGAUGUGACUACUGACGAGUGGUCAUUCUACCUCCUGCCCCUGGACGAUGACAUCAUUAGCUUGGAGCUUCCGGAAUUCUUCAGAGACAACUUCCUGGGAGGUGAAUGGUUGGGCAGGUGUGCUACUCUGUUCCACCUCAGGCCCCAUGGCUCACAGUGUCAGGAGAGAUGCCCCUGAGCUCCCUGACUUCUCUCUGCUCAAGAGGCUGGCCAGGGACCAGCUCAUUUACCUACUGGAACAGCUACUUGGGAGGAAGGACCUGUUCAUUGAGGCAGAUUUGAUGAGCCCCCUGGACCGCAUUGCUAAUGUCACAACACUAAAGCAACAUGAUGUGGACAAGCUUUACAAAGUGGAAUACAAACCCAUUGUCAGCACCUCAGAUCAACUAUGCUUCCUGAUCCGUCCAAGAAUAAAAACUGUCAAGUGGAUAUGUGAUGUGGUCAAUGCAGACAAAGCAUUUGGGAGAUACAGAAGAUACAAGAUCAUAUUUAGCCCUCAGAAG